AUGAGGCACGUAGAGGGCGGUUGGCCAAAAGACGUUGAUCACACCGAACAAGCCGACGUGGCGCGCUUCCGAAAGAAAGCGGAAAAAGAUGAUGAAUGUAAGGUAGCAUUGAAAUUGCUGGGUCCAGUGGUGGCGAGAUGCAUGAAACAGAAUGCCACGAUAGAUAUUUAUCAGGAAUACUUCGUGGGGGAAUGCAGGGAAAAAGAGUCUGGGCGAGACCGGGAGGGAGUCGGAGCCGACUAUGUUGAUCAAGGAUCCUCUUCAGUAGGUGGCGGAGAAAUUUCGGGACCGUCGGGAGUAUUUCUGAAAGGCGGGGGUGGCACCAACACCACUGUGGGUGGAGCCUAUCUCCACGGCAAUCCCUCCCGAUAUUACCAGGAGCAUGCCUCCGAGUCUUUCACAGGUAAAGGGCUGGCCGUCUUCCGCGAUCCAUCUUCUUUGAAACGGCCAAUUGCUUCACUCAAUUGGCAUCCUGACGGACAGGGCAAGCUCGCGGUCGCAUACUGUGGCCUCGGCUUUCAGGACCCGCGGUGGAGCAGCGCCUCCCCGAGGUCUUCCUUCGUUUGGGACAUCAACAGCCCCAAUAGGCCCGAUGUGGAGCUCUCGCCCCCCUCCCCGCUCACCUCCCUCCGCUUCAACCCCAAGGUACCGGACACCCUCCUCGGGGGCUGUCAGAACGGCCUGGUUUGCGUGUUUGACCUGCGCAAGCAAGGCUCAGGCGGGGCUGGAGGAAGCGGGGCGGGGCAGGGAGUGGUGGGCGAGGCGUCUCUUCUGGAGCAUUCCCACCAUGACCCCGUCCGGGAUGUUUUCUGGAUCAGCAGCAAGACCGGUCAUCAGUGCGUCUCGAUCUCGACCGAUGGUCAAAUGCUUUGGUGGGAUACGCGCCACCUAACCCAGCCCACAGAUGCCCUCCCACUCCUCCUCCCUCUCGGCCCCUCCCUUCCUUCCUCCCUCCUGGGGGCCACCGCUCUCGACUACUCCCUUGAGGCGGGCCCGACCAAAUACCUGAUAGGAACGGAGCAGGGGCUGGUCCUUUCCCUCAACCUGCGAAACCGCCGGCACCAGCAGCAGCCGCCCUCAUCCCCGUCGCUGGUCUCGCCCACCCUCCUUUCCCCCCAGGCUCUCCCCACCUCUCCCUCCGCUGCCAGCAGCAGCAGCAGUGGGCUCCUCGCCUCCGAUCCUUCUCCCCUCCACAAGCACUAUGGACCCAUCCUCUCUCUCCAUCGAAACCCCACCCACCCCAAGUUCUACGCGUCCGUCGGCGACUGGCGCGCCUCCUUCUGGGCCGAUGACGUCCGUUCCCCCCUCUUUAGCACUCCUUUCCUCCCCAUGCCCAUCACGGCGGGCUGCUGGUCGCCCACGCGUCCCUCCUUGUUCUUCUUGGCGCGGCAGGAUGGCAUGCUGGAGGGUUGGGACUUUUUCGAGAAGCAGGGAGAGAAGGUCUUUUCCCAUAAGGUCGGGGAUACACCCAUCACCGCGCUCGCAAUCCAGGGCGGCUCCACCUCCUCUCUCCCGCCAUCCGCCACUUCCUCGGUGCUAAGGGCGGCGUCAAUGCCUUGGACAGGAGGAAAUGAGGCAGGAGGGGGAAGGCUGAUGGCCGUAGGGGAUGAGGGGGGCACGGUGGCGCUUUUGGAGUUGUGUAGGGGGUUGAGCGAGUGCCAAGCGGGCGAGAAAGCCGCCAUGGGGGCCCUCCUCGAGCGGGAGAUGAGGGUGGAGAAGAACAUGGAGGCGCGGGAAAGGGAAAAUAGGAGAGCCAGGGCGGCAGGCGGGGAGGAGGGAGGGCGGGAGGGAGGGAAGACUAUGGGCCAGGGGGGAGUGAGAGACGAAGAGCGAGAGGAAAAAAUGGAGGAGCUUUUGCGGGAAGUGGACGCGGAUUUCUUGUCGAUGAUCAAGGAGGCGGAGGAGACGGGGGAAGCCGGCUCGGACAAGGAGUGCUGA